CGAAACAGAAGACUGGCCGCGACUCUCCUGUCGAAGAACGACCUUAACACAAACAUCGCUACAUGAUUGCUAUUGCUAGUGGCCCGGGCAGCGGCAAAUCCACCAUCGGCGGAGACAUUAGCGAACGCAUUGGCAAAGACCACAAACUUAGCUGCAGUGUUGUAUCAGUCGAAGGCUUCAUGCUUCCAAAGGCCGACCUGGACAAGACGGACGAUCCGGAAAAGGCACAUGCUAGACGUAGUGCUAAGUGGACGUUUAACGGCAAGGCGAUGGUAGACUUCAUCAGGAGGUGCAGGCAUCAAACUAAGAUGGAGAAACAAAUUCGAGCUCCUGAUUUCGAUGAGGAGGCUAUGGAUCCUCACCCGCAUGGCGAAAUCGUGGACGUGGAGACACAAGUUCUCAUCUUCGAGGGAAUCUACCUGCUGUCCGAUACUGAGCCCUGGAAAGAGAUCCAAGAACUCGUGGACGACAAGUGGUUCGUUCAUGUUGAGCCUGGAUUGAGCAGGAAGAGGGUUGCUAAGAGGAGGCAGAACAAGGGUAUUGAGAAAGACCUGGACAAGUGUUACCAGCAAUACGACGAGUCGGACGGCAAGAACAAUGCUUUUAUCACCGAACACUUGGGCAAGGUGGAUUUGAUCAUUGAGAACAACGAUGAGAAAGGUCUUCAUGAACCGGAGAAGUAA